UCAAAAAUGAAGUUGGGUUUUAUGAUAAGCUGUCUUUUUUAUUUAGUGAGUUUAAUGUGGAUACAAAAUGAAGUAUCAUGCAAGGGAUGCUUAGAGAAUGAGAGAAUUGGUCUGCUGGAUAUCAAGCACUUCAUGGUGUCACAUAAAGAUGAUUACAGUACCAGUUACAUUGACGAUGAAUUGGUUUCAUGGGUUGAUGAUAGAAAUAGCAACUGUUGUGCUUGGAACAGAGUCACCUGCUCUAACAUUUCGACUGGACACAUUACUGAACUAAACCUUGGCUGGUCACAAAUCCAGUUUAGCGAGUUUCCUGUGAUGUUAAAUGUUUCGCUGCUCCAUCCAUUUGAAGAGAUACGCCUUCUUGAUUUGUCCCGCAAUGGAUUUGGGGGCUUCAUUGGCAAAGAAGGUUUUCCACAACUCAAAAAUUUGAAGGCAUUAGACCUUUCAUAUAACCGUCUAAAUGGUAGCAUCUUGUCAAGUUUGAAUGGAUUAACUGCUCUUACAACUUUGAGCCUCAGUGAUAAUUUGAUAGGCCAUAACCUCUCCGCUCAAGAUAAAAAAAACAAAGAAGGCAUAUAUUGUUGAAAAGUA